CCACGAGUACUACAUCCAAUUCCAGCCAUACCCUUUUACCUGACCGUCCCAAUCUGAUGGAGCGUAUUAAAGCGCGUUGUAGCAAAGUCACCAAAGCAUUGCAGGCCUCCAGAGACGACAGUGCGCUCUUGAAUCCGCUGCGUGGCUUGUCUCACUUACGUACGGCUGAGGACACGCUUACAAAAACGCACGCCAAGAAUCAGCACCGUUCUUUGUGGGAGGUGUAUGCCAAGCCGGCGCCAUAUAUCCAGCGUGAACGGCAAAAUCAAAAACAGCACCACGCCAAUACCAUGCCGGCCCAGCACAGCUCGAGCAGCACCAAUACGAGGACCAGCGGUUCACAAGCUCUGAGCGCGCUUUUCCAAGCUCGCAACGGUGCCCAGGGCUCGCGCGCCACACCAACUGAGGGAGAGGGGUCCAAUGACAAUGGCUCAAGUGGGGCCUUGCGCCGCCAGUCAAACAAUAACGGAAGUCCACUGCGCAGCUCCUCAACUUCCCGGCCUUCGCUUCGACUCGAAGGGCACGAUGACACCGAGUCGAGCACAGAUCCACCCCGACACCACAGCAGUACUAUCACGGAGGAGCUGGAGGAUGGCAGCGAUGAGGCGCCGGGCCAAGCUCCAGGUCCCUUGGGGUCGAAUACGGACGUGCCUGAACCGCCCGAGAACGUACCUCAGGCCACGACCGAUGGAGAUUCUCGAUUACCGUAUGCGCCACCCUCGGAGUCGUCAUUGGAAGAGACGAAUUCCCAGGCGACGAGGCCCCAAGAGGCCACACCCAAAGAGGCCACACACAAUGACCCUCCGGGGACCAAGACGAGUUCCGAUCUGCAUUUGAGCAGCGAAACAGUCCGGAAUAGUCCUGCACGAGCCGCGUCGAGUGAAAAAGUGAGCUCAAAUGACGAAGCCACUCAGCACGAGGAGCAAUCAUCCAUUGAAAACUUGAGCCCUACUGCUCGAUUGCAACAGAUUCACCGGCAGGGCACAGUGGCUGGUGGUGCCGCGCAGCUCGAGUCGAACCCAGAUGUAUACGUUUGUCGGAUCUCACGUGAUGUCCUCUAUCUGGACUUGUUCCUGGCUCAUCUGCGCUCGGUCCGCGGCGUGGACAUGCCCUGCUUCCGUCUUCGACCUGUCAUUGUUCUAAUCGACCGGGAACCCUUUGCCCAGUUUCAAGACUUUCUGCGCCUUUUCCCAGAGUACUACUACUAUGUGGGCGACUUUACGCAGCUUCACAACAGCCGCUUGACGACCCUGUUGUAUAAGGCCGAAUCUGUAAUCAGCAUGAAGCCUCUCAAAUUAUCAGAAUCUCAGCAAGAUUCCUACAUGUCCGAUGCCUCGAGUAUCAUGACUAUGACCCGCGUCGCGCGUUACUUUCCAAACUUGCGCAUUUUGACGGAGCUUGCACACCAAGAGAACAUGCGCUUUAUGCGUCUCCAACGCGCCCCGAUCUACAAACUGCCUACUCGCGAGGUGAUUCAUACGCGAGCAUAUGCGUCGGGGUCGGUCGUGAGCCCGAGCAUGCUGGAUACGCUCUUGUAUCAGGGCUAUCUCAAAGGCUCCGGGAUCCUCAGGAUGUUUGAGCUGGUAGAAAUCACGGCUCUUCUGCUGCGAUCACUCAAACGGCCGACCUACGGCGCAGCCUGUCGCUACAUUCUCAAGAAUUGGGGCCACAUACCCAUGGGCCUUUACGUCCUCGAUUUGCCCGGUAUAUUUCGCACAAACCUGAGUGGCGAGCAGCGAGCUGAAAGUAAGAACAGCGAGGACGACACGCGCUUUGAUCAUUUGCCCCACAAUCCCAGCAUCCGCGAUACGGCCUAUGUGUUGUCCAACCCACCAGAAUGGACACCACUCCGUAUGGGCGAUAUUGUGUAUGUCAUCACAAGCGUCCAAGCCCAGCAACGAUCCUCGGCAUCGCCACCAGUUGUGGGCCAGGAGCUGCGUGAUACAGGCGCUGAUGAGGGCGAGCAGGAGCACGACUCAGACUCUAGCACUGAUUCUGACGACAGCUUUGACGGGGCAGAGAAGAUGGAGAAGGUGGAUCAAAGCCAAGUUCAAGCCUCACGUGUGCCUGAGACGCAAGCCAGCGCACCCGCCAGAGACCCACCCCCUGUCAAGGGCCUGGGAAUGAAUCGCUUUAUCGUGCGCCGCAUUCCCACCAAGCAAAGCGAGUCUAGCUACAAGGAGACGGGCGACUUGUAG